UCCAAAACCAAAACUAUAUCCUUCCCUUCCCUUCCCUGUCUACUCUCUCUAAGCAGCCUCCGCCUCUCUCUCUCUCUCUCUCUUUCUCCUUUUAAAGCACCUCAACCACAACCAUUAGCCUUCUCUCUAACGCUGCUCAAUUAUUCUCUGUAUCUCUCUUUCCACCUUUUACUUCCGUGUUCUUCAUUUCCUCUUCCGAGAAUCAUUUCUCCCUCAUUAAUCCACAAUUGCUUCGAAACCCAUCUUUUUUUAUUACCCAAUUCUCCGCUAAUGGCCAUGCCUGAGCCAUUAGAGACUCCUUCAUCGAGCCAUAAUCCGUUCUCUUCGUUAUUCUGGAACCAACAAGACAUGGAUGUUUCUCACUCCUCUUUUUCUGACCUUUUGGCUGGAGAUUUCAAUAUCGGAUCUCCAGAGAGGAGGAUUCCGGCAUCUUCUCGGCCAAUUCCGAGUGGAAGUUUUGCCGAGAGAUUCAUGGCAAGGAGAGAAGGUGGAAUUCCGAGGUUUAAAACAAAUCCGCCGCCGUCUUUGCCCCUUAGCAAUUCUUCUUCUCCUUCGCCUUCUCCAUCUCCUUCGUCUUAUCUUUCGAUACCAUCCGGUUUGAGCCCUGCUACGCUUUUGGAUUCCCCUGUUUUGCUCUCUGGCUCUAAUGUGUUGCAAUCUCCGACGACUGGUAGUUUUCCUGCUCAUUUGUACAAUUGGAAUGGAAAUUCAGUUUCUAAUUCUAAUGGAGCUUUUAGCAACAAACAGAAUGUCAAGCGAGAGGAAGGAAAUUACUCAGAUUUCACUUUUCAACCACAUACCAGACCAGCUACUAUGGAUCAGGGAAUGAAAUCAGAGUCACGACCAUGGAGCUACAGCCAACCAAACAAGGAAUCAGAGAGAACCCCAUUAAAGCCUGAAACUCUGGCUCCAAUUCAACAAAAUCACUCUCAAAUCCCAACUCUUGAACCCUCUGAAUUCCACUCCGACUCGAGCCAAGCUUUACAACAAGUUAUAAGAGACCACAGAAGGUCAGAUGAUGGUUACAAUUGGAGAAAAUAUGGCCAAAAACAAGUUAAAGGAAGUGAGAACCCAAGAAGCUACUACAAAUGCACCUAUCCAAAUUGCCCAACAAAGAAGAAGGUUGAAAGGUCCUUAGAUGGCCAAAUUACUGAGAUUGUUUACAAAGGAAGCCAUAACCAUCCAAAGCCUCAAUCUACAAGACGAAAUGGAUCGUUAUCUCAAACCACUGGUCCGACUAUUGGGGGUGCGCCAUCUAUGAAUAUAGAAGGUGGGUUAGUGAGAGAGAGCAAUGUGGCGAUGAUAAAAGGUGAGAUGUUAGAGCGAGAGAAAUCCUCAUCCAAUUCUGUUCUUACUGAACUCUCAGAUCCUUCUUUUGCGGGGCGUGGAACACCAGUGGAGUCGGGCACGCCGGAGAACUCUUCAAUUUCGGGUGGCGAUGAUGAGUUUGAAGGUGGGUCUCGAUUGAACCAAUCAAUUGGUGAUGAGAUGGAUGAUGAGGAGCCCGACGCCAAACGAUGGAGGAGAGAGAAUGAGUAUGAGGGUGUUUCGGCGCCCGGUAGUCGGACUGUGAGGGAGCCUCGGGUUGUCGUUCAAACAACAAGCGACAUCGAUAUUCUUGACGAUGGCUACAGGUGGAGAAAGUAUGGACAGAAGGUAGUGAAGGGGAAUCCAAAUCCAAGGAGCUACUACAAGUGCACCAAUGUGGGUUGCCCUGUAAGGAAACAUGUAGAGAGAGCUUCCCAUGACACGAGAGCUGUGAUCACAACUUAUGAAGGGAAACAUAAUCACGAUGUUCCGGCUGCUCGAGGAAGCAACAGUGUAGUCAAUAGGCCUUCAACAGGGAACGUUAUUCAACCCACCAUUAGGCCUUCAGCAACUUUUAGACCCAACAACUCAAUGCCAUCAAAUAAUAUGUAUGGCCAAGCUCCAUUCACUCUAGAGAUGUUACAAAACCAAGAAAAUCGAGGUUUUCCUUCGGGAUACGGAAGUUUGGCACCAUCUUCGUUCAUGGGGAGGAUUCAAGAGUUAGAGAGGGGAUUUCAGAAGGCUAAGGAGGAGCCCAAAGAGGAAUUGUACUUGGAUGAUGGCAUGUUGCGCUGAGAUUGGUUUCUAAUGACUGGGGGUUUUAUUAUCCUAUGUAAAUUGAUGUGCUUUAGGUGUAUAUUUUCAGGUGACAUGGCGGGGUAAUUCAAUUUUUUCAUUGCUUUUUUGCAUUAUGUUUUUGAGGCCUCUGCAGCUUGAAGAGAGGCCUGUAGUUUUAGGGCACAGGAAAGAAAGUCAUACAUUCCAGUUAAUCAUAAUAUAAUUCAUGCGUUUUCUUCUCA